AUGUCAAAACAAGUGCGAUGCACGUUGUUAACCCCCGACCCUUCGAAAGAAGGUGGUUGGGGUUGCAUUCCCUCGCUCGGCGAUGAAAACACAUCUGUUUUUGUCAACCUGACUUCUAAGGGCAUCCGCUUGUCUUUCGCACGGAAUACUGACCGCAGUGUAUGGGCUUGGUACAGCUCGGAUCUUGGAAUGAAAUCGUCUACCCUUCAUCAUGUUGCGAUCGAACUUCCUGACCCUAGCAUCGACAUUCGCAAAUUGACCGAUAACGAGACUAAGGCAUUUAAAAUGAGCGACGACGAAGUGGAAAAUCUCCGAAUAGCGACACUCACUUGUAAACGCGGAGAGGCUUAUAGUCCUCGAGUCAUCGGUUACGGAACCCCUUUCCACGGCGUGGACACGACGGUCGAUGGAUACGUCAACCAAAACACCGAGAUUUGUGGAGUUGCCAGUCUAUUAGAUAUCCUCCAGCGGAAGAAUUUUACUAUUCUUGUCUCAGAGACUCAUCUUCACUCUUACAUUUCGGUUCCGAAAGCUCCCCGAAAGCUGGAAACGUAUGGUUACGGAGAAGUACACACCUGGGAUAUGGCCCGCUACGGUCAGCAAAUUCCCGAACUGAGAGGCCAUGCGUUUGGCUCUACAGUUCGUUUUGAGAACACAAACGAAAGAGACACAGCCCUCACACAGAUGCAUGUCCAAGACAUUUGGGACUAUAACAGAGUCGGCGAGGAACCCGUGGAGAAGACAGCCGAAUUCGUGUGCUUACUAGAGCCCGAGAAAGUGCCCGAGGAAGAGGAAGUAUUUGAGUAUGCACAUUGGCGCGCAGCCCGUCGCGCGCUUCGGGGAGACAACUGUCAGCUGAAAGUAACCUUCAAGUCACCAAAAGACACGUCCUGGAGUGUAACUUGGGAAGCUUCCCAUCUAACGUUUGCUUCAUCAGACCAUCUUCACGGAGUGGAUGUUAAGCGCCGGCUUCCUCUACUACUGAAGCGACCAGUAGAUGGCUCACGCGGCCAUAACUUUUGUCCUGACAGUUUUCCCGAGUAUCAAGGCACGGGCGACGAGUUGAAAAGGAGCACCGUGAAGUUUCGCUGUGACUUGAAUCUUCACACCAACGAAGUGCGGGUGUCCGCUGUCAAUUACUUGAGCAGUGCAAAAAUCUGGCCCUCAGUGAUGGAGGCAGUUCCCCGCGCCUCCGUCAAUCACGCCAUUUUCAACGAAUUUCUCGUCGGGAACGGUCUCUGGUCGCUGGUGGAGAAAGGCGUGAGUACCAGUUUUCUUGUAUUCAACAUUUUCCACGGUAUCCCAGCCGAUGUCCGAGAUGCUUGUCUGAGCCAUGUCUACGAGGAGGAUAGGGAAAGGGUACAGCAAUAUUUUGGCAGGCUGUAUCUUGGCCUCGGGUUAGUAUCUGCCCCCCCAGGAACCGGGAAAUCUCAUCUUGCCUCGAUUAUUGUCAUACUCAUGUGUCUCAACGAAUCCAUCAAGCAUGUGUACGUUGCUGCAUCCUCCAACGGAGCGACUGACAACAUCAUUGAACGAAUCGAUGGCAUGGCUCAGAAGAUUGCUGGAACGUUGCCUGGAAUUCACUUGAAGCAUCUCAUGUUGUUGAGGGGACACAGUCUCAAUACCGAGGUCGAGAGGUGCACAACGGCUUUGCUUGGUCAGCCCUUCACUGAGGAUGCUAUUUUCAACCCAUCCCCUUGGAAAUUCAGCCGUUCCCUGUGCUGGUGGACACUGCGUGUACUGGGAUCAGAAAGAGUACCACAAUUGACCGCAGACGACAAUGCAGAACUUUGGGAUCUUCAACAGAGGUUGAGUGCACUUAUUGAGCCGAUUUCGAAUUGGUCUCCAAAGGACUGCAGACUUGUGAAAUUCCGGCAACUGGUAAAGCUUGCCAAAGGCUUUGAGCCUCCUUCCGCCUACCAGCACAUUAUCACACGGGACACGCACAGAAGAACCCUGGUCCAGCUGAUGGAACUCGUGGUUGGAUGUGCAGAUGUUGUAGCGACCACUCCCGCAACUUCUACUUCCUGGAUCUACCGAUCUUUCAACGAAAAAAAGGCUCGGGCGGUUGUUUUUGACGAAGCUGCGACCAUGUUUUGUUCUGAUGGAUUAUUAGUAUAUGGCAACACCCCUCGACCCAUGGUAGCCAUCGGCGAUCCCAAACAGCUCGCCCCCAACCUUCCAACUACCUUCGAGUUGCUUCACGGAAAUCGUAGGAAGCUUGACAGGCGCAAAGGGGUUUUUCAGCCUGAUCCAGAUCGUACCCCCACCAAUAGAUUUGCCAAUUUUGCAAACAUUUCUUGGCUCUCGUGGUUUAUCCACCUUGGAUGGCCUGUCUUCCAUUUGUAUACCCAACAUCGAAUGGCCGUUGGACUUUUCGAUCUCUCAUUAAAGACUGUGUACAAGAGUCUGAUUCCUCAUUUUAAAUACAGUCCUGCAUGUCACCCGAACAGCUUCAGUAUUGGACUGAAAGUUGAAGAGUAUCUCAAGGCUGAGUACCAUGUGAAGCCCUCCCCUGAAAACACGAUACAGCCAAUUUUCUUCAACUGCGUCAACUGUCCAUGUAGGGAAUACGAAGACAGCCAUUCCCGGCUCAACCCUCGGCAGGCUGACCUCGUUGCUGAGUUUCUCGUCAAAAUGAUUUGGAAACUAAAGCUGCUUCCUGAGGACAUUGUCGUUCUGACUCCGUACAGAGCAAACAUUGGGGCACUUGGAAGGAGGUUCAGAAGGGAACAGGCGCUCACGGGUGUAGAGUUUACAUCCUUCAACUUGUUUCAGGGCCGUGAAGCCCAGAUUGUUGUGCUAGCUCUGUGCGUCGACGCAAAAACUGGUCCGUUGUUUGUCGCAGACGAGCGCAGUCUGAACGUGGCGUUGACGCGCCAAAAAUCCGGCCUUCUAAUCUUUGGGGACAUCAACACGCCGACCUACCAACAGCACGGAACAUUUGAAUACUCUGACACGUAUGGGGAGCCUCGAAUAAACCAACGCGUGUUCAAGGAAGUAUUCCACAUGAUUAGGACCAAUGGGCGGAUUGUGUCAAUUGAGGGCAGAGAAAAGGCCGACCCCGACAGUCGUUGGAAGUCUCGGGAUCAAAAGCGUUCUCAUCGAGGUCGACGCGGGAGAUAG